GGUAUAUAUAUAUGUAUAUCGUUGUAUAUACACACAGACAAGCAAUAAAACCCCGUCUCAGAUGUGAGUGUGUGGAUCUCUCUCUCUCUCUCUCUCUCUCCGUGGUGCAUACAAUAUGGCAACCAACAAGGGAGGAAAUACUGCGCCAUCACAACCUAGCCCAGAGUGCUGCAUGUGUGGAGACUAUGGCUUGUCUAAUGAGCUUUUCAGAUGCAAAGUCUGUCAAUUCAGAUCUCAACACAGAUACUGUAGCAACCUGUACCCAAAAGCCGAGUCAUACCGAGUUUGCAAUUGGUGCCUGAGUCAAAAAGAUCAUGACCCAGCAGCAGAGAAAACACAGAACUCAUCUAAUUCAUCAUCAUCAAAUAAGAAUAGUCAGGAUGAUGAUAUGAAGACCAAUAAAAAGAAGAGUGGCAGUGAUAAUAAUCAUGGAGGAGGCAUAAAGGGUAGAAAGGUCUCUCUGAAGUUACAAGUCAACGGCCCCAUCAAGAAGCAGAAGUCGCCGGAGCAAUCGCCGUCGCCGUCGUCGGCGACAUGGAGGAGGAUCAUCACUAGGGGUGAAAUUGAGGAGAGGCUGAGGAGGACAAAGUCAGAGGAGAUAUCAAAUGGUGGGGUCAAGAAACAGGUCCUUAGAAAUAAGGUGAGAAGGUAUAAACUCUUGGAUGAGGUUACAAGCCAAUGAAAAUGAAUAUGAAUAUGAUACCCCCAUUUACAUAUAGAUGGUUGUGCUUUAUUUUAAGUUCUUCUAUUAUGAGAAUCUCUCCAAGACAAGAUCAUGUUAGAGAUUCCUUGAAAGGUAAAUUCCGAACACUUAAGAUUGUAAAAUAAUCACCGAUGAAUUAAGAAAGUCGUCAAUAAAAUCGAAACCAAAAUACCCUAUUUUACAAUGCAUGUGGGAGUCGGUGUUUUGGUUUUGUUGUAGUUGUUAUG